AUGAGUCCAUGGCUUGUAGGCUCAUUCCCGUCGAAUUGCAAUCCCAUGGAACUUCAUACUAAGAAAAACAUGAUGCUACGUGCACUGGGAAAAAAACUGCCCAUUAGUGGUCAGUACUGCUACACCUUGGAGCCAUUUGAGAAGAAACUUGAAGUUGACACAAAAGCUCAGUAUUCAGAAUUUCCAGUUAAAGAAAAGGCAUCAAAAGUAACCAUUGCAUAUUUAAUAACUUUGGGUGUACUGGUAGUUGUUUUAUUUAAUAUUAUGUCUGGAGUUGAUGACGAUGAUGAUCCCAGUUUCACAGUCAAGGCUGAGGCACCAGCUGAGGUAACGGGGGAUAAUUCAGAAACUGAAUCGAGUGAAGAAGAUGAAGAUGACAAGAAAAAGAAAAAGAAGAAAGUUGGUUUCCGUGACAGAAAGAUUAUUGAAUAUGAGAACAGAAUCCGAGCAUACUCCACCCCAGAUAAAAUUUUCCGGUAUUUUGCUACCCUGAAAGUAUUAAAUACAAUAACAUCUGAAUAUGAAAUUUGCAUGACCCCAGCUGAUUUUGUACGGUCUAUCACACCUGGAAUCAAGCAGCCUGAUGGCCUGGGUCUAGAUCAGUUCCGCAAGUUUGAUCCUAAGCAUGAUGAAUAUCCAGAACUGGAACUGGGAGAAGAUAGCAUUUUUUAUAAACUUGGUCAAAGUGGUCUUAUUUCCUUCUCGGAUUACAUCCUACUGCUGACUGUUUUGUCGACUCCUCAGAGAAAUUUUGAGAUUGCCUUCCAAAUGUUUGACCUUAAUGGUGAUGGAAAUGUUGAUGCUGAAGAAUUUGAAAAGGUGCAACAGAUUGUGAUGAACCAGACCAGUAUGGGAAUGCGUCAUCGAGAUCGAUCAACCACUGGAAAUGUUAACAAAGGAGUCAGUUCUGCUCUGUCCACUUACUUCUUUGGUGCUGAUGGAUCCAAGAAACUGACAGUAGAAAAUUUCUUGGAUUUCCAACUUCAAUUGCAAACAGAAAUUCUACGAAUUGAAUUUGAACGUUAUGUGAACGAGCCAGGACCAAAUGCCACCAUCAGUGAAAAGGAAUUUGGAACAAUCUUAUUAGCCUAUGCAGGUCUUACUGAAGCAAAACGUGUCAAAAUGAUGAAAAGGGUGAAGAAAACUUUUAAAAAUAACUCCCAGGGCAUUACUCUUGAGGAAUACAUUGAUUUUUGGAAGUUUCUAAAAUGUAUCAAUGAUGUUGAUACAGCUCUCAGUUUCUAUCAUAUAGCUGGAGUGUCCAUUGAUAAAGAGACUUUGAGACAUGUAGCUAAAACAGUAGCUAAUGUGCAUCUAAGUGAUCAUUUGAUGGAUUUAGUCUUCACCAUAUUUGAUGAGAACAAUGAUGGUCAGCUGAGUAAUAAAGAGUUUGUGCAUGUCAUGAAACAGCGAGUGAUGCGAGGCCUUGAAAAGCCCAAAGAUACAGGAUUUGUUAAAUUGAUGAAUGCUGCUAUGAAGUGUGCCAUGAACCAGACAGUCAGUCAGUUUUUUGACUGA